UAAUGGACACCAGGACAGCCACUGCGGAGCUGGGCUGGACGGCCAAUCCUGCUUCAGGGUGGGAAGAAGUCAGCGGCUACGACGAGAACCUGAACACGAUUCGGACCUACCAGGUGUGUAACGUGUUCGAGCCCAACCAGAACAACUGGCUGCUCACCACCUUCAUCCACCGGCGGGGGGCGCACCGCAUCUACACGGAGAUGCGCUUCACCGUGCGGGACUGCAGCAGCCUCCCCAACGUCCCCGGCUCCUGCAAGGAGACCUUCAACCUCUACUACUACGAGACCGACUCGGUCAUCGCCACCAAGAAGUCGGCCUUCUGGUCCGAAGCUCCCUACCUCAAAGUGGACACCAUCGCGGCCGACGAGAGCUUCUCCCAGGUGGACUUCGGGGGAAGGCUGAUGAAGGUCAACACCGAGGUCCGGAGCUUCGGGCCCCUCACGCGGAACGGCUUUUACCUCGCCUUCCAGGAUUACGGAGCCUGCAUGUCUCUCCUCUCGGUCCGCGUCUUCUUCAAGAAGUGCCCCAGCAUCGUGCAGAAUUUCGCCGUGUUCCCCGAGACCAUGACGGGGUCCGAGAGCACGUCCCUGGUGAUCGCGCCGGGCACCUGCAUUCCCAACGCGGAGGAAGUGGACUUGCCCAUCAAACUCUACUGCAACGGGGACGGGGAGUGGAUGGUGCCCAUCGGACGCUGCACCUGCAAGCCCGGCUACCAACCCGAGAACAGCGUGGCCUGCAAAGCCUGUCCUGCCGGAACCUUCAAGGCCAGCCAGGAGGCCGAGGGCUGCUCCCACUGCCCGUCCAACAGCCGUUCCCCCUCAGAGGCCUCUCCCAUCUGCACCUGCCGGACCGGCUACUACCGAGCGGAUUUCGACCCCCCCGAAGUGGCUUGCACCA